UCUCAACUGCGGCCCCAAUUUGGGGAGGAAGGGUGGACAGAGGGGAAAACGAUCGUGGAGGACGUGUGGUUGCUACAAAAAGUGUUCAGGAUUUUGCAAUCGGACUUAGCCGUUGGGGGUGGGGGUGGGUGGGUAAAAGGAGGAGGAGCAGCAGAUGUCAAGAACCCGCCCAAGAUUCAGACACCCGCCUUUCAAUUUAGCCUCUGGUAUGGGCGCGGCCAGGAGAGUUUUACAUAUUUUAUGAACCAUAGAGAGGGCUGGAUGACCGGGAAGCCUAGAGAGAACAAAGGCCGCUCCUGGCCGAUUUCCGUUUCCGCUGAGGCAUUGGCGGUUGGUGUGCAUCAUGGCAACCGUGGCAGCCACCACCAAAGUCCCUGAGAUCCGGGAUGUGACGAGAAUCGAGCGAAUUGGCGCUCACUCCCACAUCAGGGGUCUUGGAUUGGAUGAUGCCUUGGAACCAAGACAGGCUUCCCAGGGCAUGGUGGGGCAGCUGGCUGCCCGGCGCGCAGCUGGUGUGGUGCUGGAGAUGAUCCGAGAAGGGAAGAUUGCAGGGCGGGCCGUUCUCAUUGCUGGCCAGCCAGGCACCGGGAAGACAGCCAUCGCCAUGGGCAUGGCCCAGGCGCUGGGCCCCGACACACCGUUCACAGCCAUCGCAGGCAGCGAGAUAUUUUCUCUGGAGAUGAGCAAGACUGAGGCUCUGACUCAAGCCUUCCGCCGUUCCAUCGGCGUUCGUAUCAAGGAGGAGACAGAGAUCAUUGAAGGCGAGGUGGUGGAGAUCCAGAUUGACCGGCCAGCCACGGGCACGGGAUCCAAGGUGGGCAAGCUGACCCUCAAGACCACGGAGAUGGAGACCAUCUAUGACUUGGGCACCAAGAUGAUCGAGUCUCUGACCAAGGACAAGGUCCAGGCUGGGGAUGUGAUCACGAUAGACAAGGCCACAGGCAAGAUUUCCAAGCUGGGCCGCUCUUUUACACGUGCUCGAGAUUAUGAUGCCAUGGGCUCCCAGACCAAGUUUGUGCAGUGUCCGGAUGGGGAGCUGCAGAAGCGCAAGGAGGUGGUUCAUACCGUGUCCCUCCAUGAGAUUGACGUCAUCAACUCCCGUACUCAGGGCUUCCUGGCCCUCUUCUCAGGAGACACAGGGGAGAUCAAGUCAGAAGUCCGAGAACAGAUCAAUGCCAAGGUGGCUGAGUGGAGAGAGGAGGGCAAGGCGGAGAUCAUCCCUGGCGUGCUGUUCAUUGACGAGGUCCACAUGCUGGAUAUCGAGAGUUUCUCCUUCCUCAACCGGGCCCUGGAGAGUGACAUGGCCCCUGUCCUCAUCAUGGCCACCAAUCGAGGCAUUACCCGGAUCCGAGGCACCAGCUACCAGAGUCCUCACGGCAUCCCCAUUGACCUGCUAGACCGCCUGCUCAUUGUCUCAACGUCCCCCUACAGCGAGAAGGAUACCAAGCAGAUUUUGCGCAUCCGCUGUGAGGAGGAAGAUGUGGAGAUGAGUGAGGAUGCCUACACAGUUCUGACCCGCAUUGGGCUAGAGACCUCCUUGCGCUACGCCAUCCAGCUCAUCACAGCAGCCAGCCUGGUGUGCCGGAAAAGAAAGGGCACAGAAGUGCAGGUGGAUGACAUCAAACGCGUAUACUCCCUCUUCCUGGACGAAUCCCGCUCCACACAGUACAUGAAGGAAUACCAAGAUGCCUUCCUCUUCAAUGAGCUCAAAGGCGAAACAAUGGACACCUCCUGAGCUGACACUCCGCCCCAGCCCUGCCCACCUCGUUUUCUACAGAUUCUGGCACUGACUUUGUAUAAAAUGGUUGGAAACUGGAA